AUGGAUCGGAGACGUUUACCGCCAGACCUCCCAGCUCUGCUUCGGCAGCGGGAGGCUGAGAGAGCCGCGGCUGCGAAGCCUAGGUUCAUCCCGAAGAAGGAACGAGAGCGCAUGGCCGCAGAGAAAGCGGCGAAAGAGGAGGAAGAACGGAAACGACGAGAAGAAGCGCUCAUUGCACAACGGCAUUCGUCGGCCAACGGGACAAACGGAUCGAAUGGAUACUCUAGCGGAAAGUCGACGACCAACAGUAUACCAACCGGCCCCAAAGCGAUGCGCCACCCAGGCGACAGUGGUGAACCUGAGCACGGCGGGAAGCGGCGCCGGCUUAACGACAAUGAUGAAAAACGAGCCGAGAUGGAGCGGAAGGAUGCAGCGGAGUUGCGGGCCAAGUACAUGGGUCCUGAGGUCAACCAAUCUACAUUCUCGGCGAAGAAGAAGAGAAAGAGGACGGCGGCAAAUAAGUUCAACUUUGACUGGGAUCCCGAAGACGACACGAGCAGGCCUUUCGACCCCGUCUACGCAGAACGCCCAGAGUCACUCGUAAGGCUCGCGGGCUACGAGAAUACCGACGAGUUGGUGCUCCGGAAGGCAGAGGCCAUCCGGCGCGGCGACCCAGAAACGGGAGAGGAGCGCGCGAGGAAGUUGUUGGAACAACACGAGCGCGUCAAACAAGCGGCAGAACGCAAGAACUUUGGCAAGCACUGGUCGGAGAAAAAGCUAGAGGACAUGAAAGAACGCGAUUGGCGUAUCUUCAAGGAGAACUUCGGCAUCGCCACUAAAGGUGGCGCCAUCCCAAAUCCAAUGCGCAGCUGGGCCGAGUCAAAUCUGCCACGGCGGCUGCUCGAAAUUGUCGAAAAUGUCGGCUACGACGAGCCAACCCCUAUUCAAAGGGCUGCUAUACCGAUAGCACAACAGGCACGCGACCUGAUUGGUGUUGCCGUUACCGGUUCAGGUAAAACAGCCGCCUUCCUCUUACCUCUGCUAGUAUACAUCUCGGAACUCCCUCCUCUUACGGAAUUCAACAAGAACGACGGGCCGUAUGCGCUCAUUCUCGCCCCGACCAGAGAAUUGGUGCAGCAAAUCGAGACCGAGGCCAGGAAAUUCGCCGGUCCCCUUGGUUUCACUGUCGUUAGCAUUGUUGGUGGUCACUCUUUGGAGGAGCAAGCCUUUGCGCUCCGGAACGGCGCAGAGAUUAUUGUCGCAACUCCGGGUCGUCUGGUGGACUGUCUUGAGAGGCGCCUGCUUGUGUUUUCCCAGUGCUGCUACAUUAUUAUGGAUGAAGCAGACCGCAUGAUCGACCAGGGUUUUGAGGAGCCCCUAACCAAGAUUCUCGACGCUCUACCGGUAGCAAACGAGAAGCCGGAUACAGAAGAUGCAGAGAACUCACAACUCAUGAGCCGCUACCUCGGCGGCAAAGAUCGGUACCGCCAAACCAUGAUGUAUACAGCGACCAUGCCCCCGCUCGUCGAGAAAAUCGCCAAGAAAUACCUGCGUCGUCCGGCCAUCGUGACUAUCGGUAAUGCCGGUGAGGCCGUCGACACAGUCGAGCAGCGUGUCGAGUUCGUUUCGGGCGAGGAUAAGCGUAAGCGGCGCUUGCAAGAGAUCCUUAACUCGGGCCAGUUCAAGCCGCCCGUUAUCGUCUUCGUCAACAUCAAACGCAACUGCGAGAUGGUCGCCAAGGACAUCAAAUCAUGGGGCUACUCGACGGUCACGCUCCACGGCAGCAAAACGCAGGAGCAGCGUGAAGCGUCGCUGGCGUCGGUUCGGAACGGUCAGGCAAAUAUCCUGGUGGCCACGGAUCUGGCGGGGCGUGGUAUCGACGUGGCGGAUGUGUCGUUGGUCGUCAACUUCAACAUGCCCUCGAGCAUCGAGGCGUACACGCAUCGUAUCGGUCGUACCGGUCGUGCGGGCAAGAGCGGUGUGGCCAUCACAUUCCUGGGCAACGAGGACUCGGACGUCAUGUACGAUCUGAAGCAGAUCAUCUCCAAGUCUUCGAUCUCGAAGGUGCCGGAGGAGCUGCGGCGGCACGAAGCCGCGCAGUCGAAACCGACGCGGGGCGGGGGUAAGAAGCUGGACGAUAGUGGGGGUUUCGCCGGGAAGGGGGGUUCGUGGCAGUAG